GUCAUGACAUCAUUGUUGUGUUCUGCAGUCUUAUCGAUAAGACAUCACGUGAUAAUAUAUUGGUAGGCAUUGCAUUGAAGGUGAAUAGAAUCAUCAGCAUUUCUUAUCCAGUCAUUGCAUUCACUGUGACUGCUCUCAUUUGUUCAUAUCAUUCACUGAACAAUAUGCACGUCCAUGGCAGUGAUGCCGUGUCUGAACCAUGGUAUGUCCUGCCUGACGUCACCCGCUGAUCGAUGAUGUCGAAGGCUUCACACCCUCGCCCUCGCCUCCUUAUAUAAGAUGAAGACAGACAGUGGGGAAUGAAUACUACCUAACAUCAUAUCAACAUAUAACGGAUCAAAACCUACUAUUGAAAUAUCACCAUGAGCAGUACUCAGCCUCCCUACUAUUCUUCCACCUUCGGUGAACCCAACCAGAACCCCAGCGCAACUACUGCAACUGGAACACAAGUUGGCAGCGGCAUCACCAGCACCGGUCAAGCAAAUACCGGCCCUGCGCGCACCACUGCCGGACCGCAUCAAUCUGAUUUCGCCAACAAGGCCGAUCCCCGCGUCGAUAGCGAUCUGAACAACCGCGCUCAAUACGCCCCUGGUGCGACAACCACCGGCAACGUACAUCCCCAGGCGACCCAGAACGUGUCGAACCCUCAAAGCUCCACCGCGGGCCCUCACAAGUCCUCCCUUCUCAACAAACUCGACCCCCGUGUCAACAGCAAGACGGGCGAGAUGUCUUCCAAGUCGACCAACGCAACCGGCUCUGGCGCCAUGCGUGAACCUACCGACACCACCGGCGGAGCCGCUUACCAGCAACCGAACCAAGCGGCUACCGCUGCCGGAGGCGCUGCCUCAAGCGCAGCUGGCUACAACACGGCCCCGAUCUCGGGAUCGCAAACCACCAGCGGAGUGGGAUACCAACCGACGCAAUCAUCCGGUAGCACAUAUGGCACCCAAUCCAAGUCGGCUGCUGCCGGAGAAUCUGUUGGCGGCGGUGUGAAGUCGGCUGCUGCAGGAAUCCAUGGAGCGGGGGAGUCAUUGCGAGGCGGGCUCACAGCUGCGGUCGACAAGGCCUUUGGGCACGAAGAAGGGGCCGCCAAAAACUCGGCCAUUGCUCAAGAAGGGGAGCGAGAGAUUCAAUCGGGAAACUUCAGCAGAACCCAGCGGUGAUUUGAACACCAUGGUCUCUUGUGAUGGGAUAAACCCCGCCUUUUUUGUUAAUGAGAUACGAAUACGCGAUAUGCUAGUGCUUUAUUUAGUGUAAAUUAUGAAUAUGAUGUGUACCAUGACGCGGAGUUU